UGAAGAAAUGGGGGUUUAGAGUUUCGGAGGGCUUAGGAAUUAAGCUUCUGGGGUUUAAGACCAGUGGGCGAGAGAGGUGAAAUGAAGCCAUGGUUGAGCUGAGAGGUUCAGGGUUUAUCCAUCUUCGCCGCGGCUAUGGUCAACUGUAAAAUUUUUAUCGGGUUGUGAUAUAAUGGCUCUCGGAGUCGGGUCGGGUUAAAAUGCAAAAUGUGUAACUCUAGUCACUCCAUCAAUCAAAACGCUCCACGUGGAGAUACAUACAGCGUAGGAUCAGGAAGAGUGACGUCACUCAAUUAGUGCUUGAAUCCUUUCCCGGUGGCGAAGCAAAGGGUUUAGUUUCUGUGUCGUCGAAAUCAAGGCCAGAGCUUUAAAGUUUAAACGGAGAAAACAAGUUCAUCUUCUCUAUAAACAAAUCUCGCUGGUAAGGUUUGAACUCAUUAAGCGAAGAUGGGUUUAUGGACUUUGAUUCAAGGCAUGUUGCUAUUUGCAAACGGGUUGGCGAUUCUGAACGAGGAUCGGUUUCUUGCUCCUAGAGGUUGGACCAUGUUAGAGGUUCAAAGAGGGAAUCGAAGUACGAUGAAGGGGCAGCUUAUAGGACUUAUAUAUGCCUGCCAGUACUUCAGAAUUAUGCUCGUUUUCUUCAACUUCAUAACUAUUAUUCUCAAGCUCAUAUAUGGUUGAGGCCUGUGUUUGUCAUUGUAAAAUCUUUGCAGGGUCUGUGUUUUAGUCCCAAAUGAGAAUUCAGGAAGGGUUAUGAUCAGUGGGAUAACUUUGCAGUCUAUCUUAUGGGUGUGGUUUGAUCCAUGGCUUUGUUGUUGUAAACUAGAUGUAGUGUCUGAAUUGAGUAUUAGUUUCAAGAGUUGUUUGUUUCUUAUUUGCUGGUUGAUUCUGUCAAAGGUACAUCCUUUGCAGAGAGUUUGUGAAUUGUUA